CGGCUGCUGGUUUAGCACUCACAGCGAGGCUGGUAGCAGACACGAAAACUCAUUGCUGCCAUGUUAUCGCACGGAUAUGCUGGAACCACAAUUUGGUGACAGUUUGCAGAUGAAGUAAAGGCAACAGUAGCAGACAAUUUCCUGGUCUUCCAACCUAUUUUUUCAGCAAGAUGAAGUCAGCUCUGAUAUUGCUUUUAAGUUUUCUCUUGGGUUCGGCAUCAGCCGUGCGAACAAUCACCAUCGGCGCUGCGUUGAGUUCUGAAAGGAACCAGGAAGUGUUUAAAAAUGCAGUGGACCAUUUAAAUGAUUUGCGGCUUGGAGGUGAUGUCUAUUUCAAUUCCACGUCUAUAGCAAUGGAUGUUAAUCCUAUUCGGUCAGCUCUGGAUGUGUGUGACCGUUUGUUACCUCAGACAGUAUACACUGUGAUUGCCAGUCAUCCAAACGCCAGUGACCAGUCACCAAUAUCGGUGUCCUACACCUGUGGCUUCUACAACAUACCUGUGAUUGGAAUUGCAGCAAGGGACAGCGCUUUCUCAGACACGAAUGUCCACGGGACAUUCCUGCGCACCGUGCCCCCCUACUCUGCCCAGGCUGAUGUGUGGAUUGCCUUGCUGCAGUACUUUGAGUGGUCACAGGUCAUCUUCAUCCACAGCUCAGACGAAGAAGGGCGGGCCAUUCUCAGCCAGUUCCAGACACUAGCCGAACCUCUUAAAAUCAAGCUUGAGAUGACUGUCAAGUAUAUCCCCGGCCAGACUAAUUACACCAACGACUUGUUUAGGACUGUGCAGGCCCAGUCCAGAGUGGUGCUUCUGUCUGCAUCGACUGAUGAUGCAGAGGUGAUAUUCCAAGAUGCCGAGAACCUGGGACUGACUGGGGAGGACUAUGCCUGGUUCGCCACAGAGCUAGCCUUCAAAGCCUACAAUGCCCCUGUUGGCCUGCUUGGCGUGUAUCUUAACAAUGGAACCGAUGAAGAGGCCCACAUCAAGGAUAGCGUCACUGUUGUUGGACUUGCAUUCUCAGAAAUACUCCGAACAGGAAAUAUCACAGCGCCACCUACUGCUUGCAAAGACAUGAGGACUUGGGGGGAUGGAACUACCAUCAUGAGGAAACUGCGAGACACAAAGCUGACCCACGGUCAGACAGGUUUGGUGACCUUUGAUGAGCAUGGUGACAGACAGAACCCUUCGUACGAGAUACGUAACAUCAACCAGGAUGGCAAAGCAUUUGCUGUGGGACUGUACGGAGAUAUUAAGCCAAUCGAGGAGCCCCUGAGGAUGAUGCAUGAGAUCACAUGGCCAGGAGCGGUCAAGGUCAGACCAAAGGGUCAGAAGAUAUCUCGUAAUUUGACGAUUGUAACAAUCCCCGAGAUGCCGUUUGUUGAGGUGGAGGACCCCCUGCCAAAUGGCGUCUGCCCAUCGUAUGAUGACAAGCAAGUCUUCCCCUGCACACAACAGAAUAAAACCACUGGGGAGAACGAGCUCCAGUGCUGCACAGGCUACUGUAUGGACAUGCUGCAGGAGAUUGCCAAGCAGGUCAACUUCACCUUUACCAUACACCUCAGUCACGAUGGACUCUACGGAUCAUUUGAAAGGCACAAUGGUUCGAAGGUGAAGCGAUGGAACGGGAUGGUGGGAGAGUUGUUGGACAACGAGGCAGACAUGAUUGUUGCUCCACUAACCAUCAACCCAGAGAGGGCCAAGUUCAUAGACUUCACAAAACCCUUCAAGUACCAGGGCCUAACUAUACUGGUCAAAAAGACCCAGAAGGACUCGAGCCUGGCCUCCUUCCUCCAGCCCUUCCAAGACACUCUGUGGAUCCUGGUCGGUCUGUCUGUCCAUGUGGUGGCGCUGGUCUUGUAUCUGCUGGACAGGUUCAGUCCGUUCGGCCGCUUCAAGCUGGCCAAGAGUGAUGACACGGAGGAGGACGCCCUAAAUCUGUCCAGCGCCAUGUGGUUUGCCUGGGGAGUGCUGCUUAACUCUGGUAUUGGGGAAGGUACACCCCGAAGUUUCAGUGCCCGUGUGCUGGGCAUGGUGUGGGCAGGUUUUGCUAUGAUCAUCGUGGCCUCAUACACUGCCAACCUGGCUGCCUUCCUGGUGUUGGACAGACCAGAAGCCUCCAUCUCCGGCAUCGACGACCCCAGGUUGAGAAAUCCCAAUGAGAAUUUCCGGUAUGCGACCGUGAAGGGCAGUGCUGUGGAGAUGUAUUUCAAGCGUCAGGUAGAGCUGUCCACGAUGUACCGCACCAUGGAGAACAUCAACUAUGCCACUGCCAAAGAGGCCAUUGAUGAUGUCAGAGAUGGAGACCUCCAGGCCUUCAUCUGGGACUCACCACGCCUGGAGUAUGAGGCAGCCCGAGACUGCGACCUCGUCACAGCAGGGGAACUGUUUGGACGUUCCGGUCUUGGCAUUGGGCUCCGCAAAAAUAGUCCAUGGACACAUGAAGUCUCACUUGCUAUCCUUACUUUGCAUGAACGUGGUUUUAUGGAGGAGCUGGACAAUGAGUGGAUCCUGGCGGAGAGUACUUCAGCCUGUCCCCAGAGAGACUCUGCCCCAGCCACCCUCGGACUCACCAACAUGGCCGGUGUGUUCAUGAUGGUAGCUGGUGGCAUUGUUGCGGGUGUGCUGUUAAUAUUUGUGGAGAUUGCAUACAAGCGACACCGUGGGUUGAAGGACAAGGAGCUGGAGCUGGCCCGUAAUGCAGCCGACAGGUGGCGUGGCAACAUAGAGAAACGUAGAACUCUUCGUCAGACACUUCAGAAGCAACGUGAGGAGCAGAUGCGUGCAAACUCGCUCAUGAAACAGCAGACGUCUAUGGAUAGUAAUAGUACUCCAGUCUUCCGCCGUCAGUCAUUUGCCGAGGCCACUGGCAGUCGUGUGUAUGCGGCCACCCCACCCCCGCCCAACUACACCCCCACCCACAGCUGUUCCAGCCAAGGUCGGAGUGUCACAUGGGGACGACCUCCUCAGAACUCAGAAUAUAACAUUAUAUAGGUCUUGGGUUUGAUACUCAUUUUUCAUAUUCUCUGUCUUUCGAGAAUAAGUAUCGUUUCAAUGUUUCGGAAUGAGACAUUUUAGCAGAGAACAUGACAUCAAGUUGAUGUUUGUUUUUCUUACAGAAUUUGUCCUUGCUUGGAAUUGUUUUUUAAUUUCAUGGAUAAAAUUUACCUCGAUUCAGAGAAACGCAUGCAAAUUUGUGCACAUGCUUGAAAGGGAUCAAAGAAAGAAAAUGUUGUAUUUCAUAUCUUGGCUUAUCUUGAUAGACUGUUCCUUUCAUAGCUUUCAUGACCACUUUACUGUUCCUCCAUGCUUUUAAGGCAGGAGAUGUUGAAGAUCUUGUUUAUACAGAUUGUAUUUAAUGUAAGUUGACUACUGUGUAAUUGUUAUCUUGGCAAAGUUUUCAUUUACAAGUGUGUUGAUUACAUUGAAAUUUUGUCUUUCAUGGAAGCCAGUGACAUCAAGUUCUAAGUUCUCUGUUGAUGAAGAAGAACGGUUGUUGAAAGAUAUUCAUUUUGAUUCCCCUUUUGGAAUCUGAAAAUUGUAAUGGAAAUACUCAUCUUGAAAUAUUUUGUUUUGUCUAUUCAACAUACUUCUUUGUUUGAAACACUACACAAAAUGUCUUCAAAUGUUUCAUAUAUCCACUAGAAAGUAAUUUUCAGAUUUUCUGUAUCAAACUGUCACAAUUAUCCAGAUAUACACUCUGUAAUUAUUAUCUUCAGAUUAUGUUUUGGGAUUCACACAUUUUUGGAAGGCAGUGUUUGUUGUCCCUAUACGAGAUGGCUUGUGCCACACAGACAUAGUAAAUGGAUUGUGUUUAACAUAAAGUUGUCUUUAAUAAGUUAGUAUGUUUUACAAUUAUUCAUGCAAUGAUAAAAAAAACCAAAGGUUAAACGUAUGAAAACCCAUAACAAGAAGAUUCAUUUGAGCUUUCAUUAUGGAGGUCAGGCUUAGUGAAGUCUUACCCUAAAAUUUAUACUGCGCAAGAAAGUGUUCCUGUUGAAGUAGUCAUAAUAGUCAGUUUUAUUAUAUGUUGAGUGUUGUCUUCAACUGUGGAAGUGUGGGGAGUUACUUGUAUAUAUUGUCGAGUGUCUGACGUGUUUAUACCAAUGAAGAUCUGAAUCUGCUUGUAUAAAAUAAAUGUUAUCGAUCUUUUCAUGAAAUAAUGACAAAUCACACAGGAUGAAUCUUUGUACAUGUUAAUAUAAAUAGCCAGAUAUUAGUGUUUCUUGUAAGAAAUUAUCAUCCACUAGAGACAAUCAUCCAUUUUCAUUGUUUAUCAUGGUGUUAUGUAGUCCACUAACAUGUGUCAACACGAUCCAAUUAAUUAAGCCAAAAUUAAUGUAGCAAUAACUUGUAUAAUUAUGUGAACAAUAUAUUUUAGGAUAGAUUUCAUAAGUUUUUCUGCAAAAUUCUGUCUUCAGUCCAUGUUUGUCAUUCCAAAUCACCUUUGUACUGUUGUGAACGCCAUACUAUGACUGUAAUGCUUCAACCCUGUCUGAGGAGCGGUGGGGUAGCAUAGUGGUUAAAGUGUUCGCUUGUCACGCCGAAGACCCGGGUUCAAUUCCCAACAUGGGUACAAUGUGUGAAGCCCAUUUCUGGUGUGUGUCCCCCGGCGUGAUAUUGCUGGAAUAUUGCUAAAAGCACUCACUCAACCCUGUCUGAAGUAAGCCUUGAUUUUCCACAGGUUCUCAAUCUUCAAUCUCAAUGGGGCUCCCAUUCAAUUUAAACUGAGUUGUUUGUUUCUAAAAAAGUAAUUACUGGUAUGUUCUCACAGAUUUGUCUAUUGCUGGCAUAAAAUCAACUUUUCAACUUUACACAUAUGCAUAUACUGGAUUCAAAGUCAUUCGUCCUGGGCCCAGUUUUCCUGCAGGUCAGUAGUCACGGUAUUGACAUACAAUAUAUUUGGCCAGGUGUAGAUUUAUUACAGGCAUUGACUCAAGGGAACAGCAGGACUGCAUUUUAAGGACAGGUCUUAAGCUCUUUCAAAUUACCUUGAUAACACCUGGAGACCUUAGUAAGCGACAUCUGAACUUUGAGAGAGAGUUGCUCAAAAUUGCCAGUACUUUAAUAUAUGAUUUAACAGAUUAUUCACAGUAUUGUUUACACUUUGCAACAAUUGAAAUAAUUAUUGGCUAUAUUGUUUAUAGUUCGUGACAAAUAUAUUGAUUGUUGGCUACAUUGUUUAUACUUUGAGACAUUUUAACUGAUUAUUGGCUAUAUCGUUUAUACUUUGUUAUUCUGGACACAAAUAACUGUCUAAACUUUCUUUUUUCUGUGAAGUCAUGUGAUAUACAUGUUUAUUAUAUAUUUGAUACUUUUAUUCAGUUGAUAUUCUGUUGAUAUUGAACUGCUCAAAGACUUAAACUCAGCAUAAUGUGCAAUGUGUUUGAGCCUUCAGUUUAUUUUAUUCUAUAGCACAACAGGGAAAGUUCUAUGGAUAUAUCAAGAAAGUGUGUUAGCAUCUAUACCGAAACGUCGUUUACAUUAAUAAUAAAGAAGUUGUAUAUCCAUAGAAAGUUCCCUUUUGUUCAUCAAACAAACUUCUAAAUGCAACUCAAAGAAGUCAUUCUAUAGCAGUAUUCAGUUCAAAUGUUUUCACUGAAGUUAUUUCUUUUAUUGUUAUUUUGAGAUUGUGCUACUCUCUUCUUUGAGGUUUCAUUCAUCUCAUGAGAGACACAUACUUCGCUAAUGUAAACUGUAUUGCGAGUUUACCCCAAGUGUGCAAUAAAGUUCUUCCAUUGUCAAGUCAUUGUCGAUGCAGGCAUUAUAACUUGUCUACUUCAGUUCAAUAAAAUGAAAGUCUGA